UUUUGAAAAUUUUAAGGUAUGCCCAAAACCUAAUGCCUUUAAUAAUAAUAUGGGAUUUGCCUUUUUUGGAAUAGGGCCAAUUUCUAGGCCUCCUAUAUGUACAAGUGAGCCACGCCCAGGCUUGACGUGAUUUGAGUGACUCCACAUCUUUCCAUCUAACUUAACGGUUCCUUCAAGUGAACUAUUUCUCAGAGGCAAUAAAGCAAACACUUACCAAACAAUUCUACAAGUCGCUGUCAUCACCACGGAGACAGCCUCCUCUUGUCAAUAUGCAAAGCAUUAGAGACACCAUCUUGAGGUAUGUGAGGGUGAGGAGAUAUAGUGAACCCUGGUUAUCUAAUGGAGGUGGGAAUGUGCUCAACAGACUGAGCCGGCAGAUGUGUGCCUCAUCCGUUACCAGCCCUGAUCAAAUUAUGGGUCGAGUGAUCGGACUGGUUAAGAAAUUUGACAAAAUUGAUGCAUCUAAGGUUACUGAAAGGGCUGAUUUUCAGAAAGAUCUGAGCCUGGAUAGUCUGGACAGGGUGGAGCUCGUUAUGGCUUUUGAGGAAGAGUUCUCCAUUGAAAUCCCUGAAGAGAAAGUAGAUAAGCUUACAUGCUGUGCUGAUGUAGCAAAAUACAUAGCUUCUGAAGCUGAGGAAAAACGUGUGAAGUCCUAAGUUCUUUUAAAUUUUUAAAUGCAUUCAGGAAAUGCUUCCUCUCGGAUAAUUUGUUUUUGGGAUAUGAUUGUAAAUCCAUUAUUUUGCCACAAAUUCAAGAUCUAGAUGUUGGGUUGCCGUUUUGAGUUACCAUUUUUGUAGAUGUAAUGGAUGCAAUUAAUAUCAAUAUACGUGUC